CUCUUUACAUAACGGCGCGGGGCGGCAUGGGCUCGGGCCACCGCCUCCGGCCGGCCGCCCGCCCGGACUGUCGCGGUCCGCGGUGGAGACGGCGGCCUCAGCAAAGUUUCCCCGGUGGCGGCCCGGAGGCGCAUCCUCCCGCAACUGUCAAGCGCUGGCGGCGGAAAUGAUGAGGCGCUGGCCAUUUUCCGAGCCCGGGUUUCCUGCCUGAGCCCCGUUCGAGCGAGCCGCGAGCCAGGAGCCGGCGCGCGGGAGAAAACGCGCCCGGGGCGGGGGCCCUCCCGCCCCCUCGGGAUUUCGGGGGGCCGGGGGCGCGCGACGCCAUGGGCUGGCCGGGCCCGGACCCCCUCUCUUUCAGCCCGGCCGCUCUACCUUGGUCUCCACCAUGAACGGGCCCACCUUGCAGUCCUCCUCGGCCUCCUCUGCAUCCUCGGCAGCGACGGCCCCAUCCCCGCGAGGCUGGAGCGAGUUCUGCGAGCUGCACGCGGUGGCCGCAGCCCGGGAGCUGGCCCGGCAGUACUGGCUUUUCGCCCGCGAGCACCCGCACCACGCGCCGCUGCGCGCCGAGCUCGUGUCGCUGCAGUUCACCGACCUCUUCCAGCGCUACUUCUGCCGCGAGGUGCGCGAGGGCCGGGCUCCCGGGCUGUCGGGCACCCGGGCCGCCGCCCCCACGCGCGACUACCGUGAGACUGGCCGCGGGCCCCCGGCCAAGGCCGAGGCGUCCCCAGCCGAGCCGGGCCCCGCCGCCCCCGCCCUGCCCAAGGCCCGCAGCUCGGAGGAGCUGGCCCCGCCGCGGCCGGCCGCCGCCUGCUCCCUCCAGCACCUGCGCCACAGCCUCCGCCACAUCUUCCGCCACCGCUCGGCCGGGGAGCUGCCCGCGGCCCCCAGCGCGGCCUCGGGGGAGGCAGGCGAGGCCCCGGCCAGGCCCGGCCUGGCCAGGAAGCUCCUGCCCUGGAGCCUGGCCCGGGAGCCGCCACCCGAGGCCCUCAAGGAGGCGACGCUGCGGUACAGCCUGGCCGACGAGGCCUCCAUGGACAGCGGGGCGCGCUGGGAAAGGGGGCGGCUGGCGCUGCGGCGCGCGGGCCCGGACGGCGCGGACUGCCUGCUGGAGCUCUUCGACCCGCCCAAGAGUUCAAAGCCCAAGCUACAAGCAGCCUGCUCCAGCAUCCAGGAGAUUCGGCGAUGCACACGUCUCGAGAUGCCGGACAACCUUUACACCUUUGUGCUGAAGGUGAGUGACAGCUUUCCACCCGCGGGAGGAACAGACACAGGCCUCAGGGAUCCCACCCAGCUCUCCCCUCCCCCUCCCUGCCAGGUGAAGGAUCGGACAGACAUCAUCUUUGAGGUGGGAGAUGAGCAGCAGCUGAAUUCAUGGAUGGCCGAGCUCCGGGAGUGCGCAGGCCAAGGACUCAGCACAGACCCAGAGAUACAUAUUCCCUCAGCCUUAGAGCCCGGCACAUCUAACUCUCCAAGGGGAAGCACAGAUUCCUUGAACCAAGGUGCUUCUCCUGGGGGGUUGCUGGAUCCAGCCUGCCAGAAAACAGAUCACUUCCUGUCCUGCUACCCCUGGUUCCAUGGCCCCAUCUCCCGAGUGAAGGCAGCUCAGCUGGUUCAGCUGCAGGGCCCUGACGCUCAUGGAGUGUUCCUGGUUCGGCAGAGUGAGACCCGGCGUGGGGAGUAUGUGCUCACCUUCAACUUCCAGGGCAUGGCCAAGCACCUGCGCCUGUCACUGACCGAGCGGGGCCAGUGUCGCGUGCAGCACCUCCACUUCCCCUCGGUUGUGGACAUGCUCCACCACUUCCAGCGCUCACCCAUCCCACUCGAGUGCGGGGCUGCCUGUGAUGUCCGGCUGUCCAGCUAUGUGGUAGUCGUCUCCCAGCCGCCAGGUGUGACCCUAAUGCCCCUUGAUAAAGGGGGUGGUGGCACUGGGAACCGAGACCUCGUGUUGUGUCCUUCCAACACUUGCCUCCACCCCGUUAAGACUGACAGUGUGGUCUCUCUCUUGGUCACUUGUCCCCCAGGUUCCUCCAACACUGUCCUGUUCCCUUUCUCCCUCUCUCGCUGGGAUUCAGAGCUGGGCCUUCCCCACCUUAGCGCUUCUGGCUGUCCACGGGGGCUCGGCCCAGAGGGUCUCCCAGGCCGGUCCUCUCCCCCAGAGCAGAUCUUCCACCUGGUGCCUUCGCCUGAGGAACUGGCCAACAGCCUGCGGCACCUGGAGCCCGAGCCCACCAGUCGAACCCGGGACUCGGACUAUGAAAUGGACUCCUCCUCCCGGAGCCACCUGCGGGCCAUAGACAAUCAGUACACGCCUCUCUGACAGGCCUCCCAGAGGCCCCCGAGAAGCACAAGCAAGCAGAGAUGUGAACUUCUGAAUGUAACUUUCUUUCUUUCCUUCCUUCCAGAGAGAGAUUUAAGGGACACUGUUAACUGUUCAUUCCAGUUUGGAUGUGACCCUUCAAUUAGGCCUGUUAAAGGGCCUCCUAGAAGUUCCAUUCUCACCUGGCUUUCUCCUUAUUGUUUACAGAUGUAGUUCUUGUUCGUGGAUGUCGCCAGCUCCUGCCCUGGGUCCCUAGGACCAGGCCCCAUCACUCUUAGAGGGGGUGGUGGGGUGAGGUCUGGAGUUGGCAGUGGAAACUUGUUCUCUUUUUCACUGACACUGUCCCAGCUGGCAGACUUUCUUACUUGGGGAGGGGGGCCCAUCAGGAAGCCCAAAACACUAACAAGCCCUGGAUUCUCCUGUGGAUUCUCCUGUGGUUUUUCCCGUUAUAGCUUCAGUCCACGUGGUGGGUCUUCUGUACCCAAGCCACAGGUGACCACACCUAUCCUGCUUCGACUCUCAACUUUAGGACAAAGUUCUGGCAGAUGGACAAGCUAAAGGUCAAAAAUGAUUUUAAACAUUUUUACCUCAGAUUAAUUUUUCAAAGGAUUCAGGUUUCAAAAUUAAACCACUGCUUAUUUCAUUGCACUGUUUGAACUAAUAAUACCCAUGCGAUUUUUGUAGUCAGAGACAGCUAUGCAAAUCCUACUUGACCAGUUCCUGGUUUGAGCCAGCAUGCCUGGCUUCCUUGUCUAUUGUAUCCUCAGGACAGCCACCUGUUGCUGAGGAGCCACUGUCCUUCCUAAAUGUAGAGAAGUGAAGUGUGUCACCCUUUCAGGGAAAUUCAGGCAAUUACUGAAAUAGGAGGGUGGCAAGGAACAAUUCCACCCUGGUGCCUUAUGAAUAAAAAACUGGAUUCUGGUUUACAGCAGCUUUACGGUGAGAGUUAGUUAAACUGAGGGGUAAGGGAGGGGGCAAGCAAAAAGGAAUAAAGGGCUGCUGGGCCCUUUCUAGUAAAUCCUUCACCAAGAGGGCUGGCUCAGAGCCUCCAAGUGUCUAAAGGCUUAUUAAAUUAUCCCACAAGGUUUUAGGCUCAUUCUUGAGCCAAAAUGGAAGCUAGGAAUCUGGUGCCACAGCUAAUGAGAAACUCCUUUAAUAGCCCACAAUCGGUGUUCUGUUCCACCAGUAGCCACUGCUUCAUCUGAUGAAGCAUGCGUGUGCAUGUAUACAUAGGCACACAUAACUUCUACCAUGCAGGGAGGUCCCGCAGUCAAAUCUCCAUCUAUACUUGCCUUUCACAAGUGACACAAUUCAUAGGGGGCUGGCUCCUCCCAGAACUUUCAUGCAGAGGCUCAGAAACAAGGGAGGCAGUGACCGAGUGGAGUCAGCUGCUUCUGGGUGCGAGCAGAGCUGUUCACUAUAGCCGCUGGGCUCAUCCAAGUGGCUUCUAGGAAACUGGGAGUUCAGCACAGCUUAACAUUCAUAGAUACAUCAGUCAAAAGCUAAAAUUAAACCUUGGCCUAAACUAACUACUUGCCUGCCUUAUCUGGGGGUGAGGCGUGUGUCUGUUCCCUCCAGCCAUUCUCUGUACUCCAAGAGGUCAGACUUUGGGAGGGGCAGGGAGGUCAGGAGCCACCUCUCUUCCACGGGACUUCCCUCGUGGUCCAGUGGUAGGGCUCUGUGCUUCCCCUGUAGGGGGCGUGGGUUCCAUCCCUGGUCAGGGGGAACUGAGAUCCUGCAAGCUGUGUGGCGUGCCCCUCCCCCCACCUUAUAUAUACAGAUAAAACCAACAGUCCUGGGUGUUUUCACAGAUGGUAAAGCAUAACCAACCCUGAUCUAGAGUUGUGGUCUAUUUCUAAGGGCCACAUUUUCUACACAUCAAGCAGGUCUGAUUAAUGAAUGCUAAGCAAAGUGUGGACCAGGAGUAAGCACUGUUUUGGAUUUCUCUUUUACAAGAGAAAGCUCAUCACAGAAGGUCAAUGCUGACAAGUCACUGGUACAGAUUUUCCCCUGUCUGCACAGGAAAGGGGCCAAGCAGACAAUGAACCAAACAAGUAAGUUCCCUCCCUCCAACCAGAAGGGUAAACAAACAUCUGGGAUAUGAUAUCCACAAGCCAGGGGCACUCACUUCUUAACAGCCUCUCAACAUACAAUUCUCAGGUAGUGCCAAGAGGCAAGCCAGGCACAGCAAGCCAGCAGCUCUGACCGACUGGCUACAAAGUACAAGCUCAGAAUCUGUGACAGAGUCACCCACUUCCAGACCGCUUCAGU